AAAUAAAACUUAGCAAAAAGUUUCCUAAGUUUAGACUGGAUCUACCUAAGCAUUUUUAUCACUUAUGGUUAAGGUCCUGAGUUUUCUUUCCUCCCCUAGGAUCCCAGAGUCGAUGCCAAGAGCUAUACCAACCGACAAAGACCGUAACGACCGCCUUGGCUACGAGACUUGGGAAAUAGCUCGAUACAGGUCUAAGAUUGCUCGACGCUCCGGGGCCGGAGCCAGAGAGUUCACUGGUUCAUAGAUGCUAAUAGAUGGAGAAACAGAACUCCGACUAGGCAUCAUGGCCCUGGUGGACGAUACAUGGGGUAGACAGUCAUGGGGCUAUUGUAGAUCCUCACGGGGAUCUUGGGUCGAGGAUUGGUUACGUGCAAUUAUACGGAUUGAAGCCUCACCAGACAACUGCUGGCGUGCGUAUCCAUCACGAGAGUACGGAGUAUCGAGACAAGACAACAAGGCCCCUGACAGGGUUUUGAUCAAGUUCAUUCAAUUGCUUUAUCCACUGGACUGGCUAAAACAAAAAAGCCCCAGUCAAGUCGAAUCACAUCAUUGUGUAUGUACUCCGUAUCACAUCGCGAGCUCCACGAAGCAUGGGUUUAAUCAAUCGGUUGGCAAGGGGUCCGUCCUCUAGGCUCUAGCACAGCAGCGGAAUUGUGGCUAGCGAGAUAUGGAUCACAGCACGCAAGCAAGCCAUGAUCGAAGCCUGCGCUGCGGGUGACCAUUUGCGGCUGUUGCUCUUUUUUCACUAUUUUCUGGGGUAAAGAAAACAAGUUCAUGAUUGGGAAUUGCUUGCUUUUUUUGCUGCGUUACCCAUCUCCUUCUCCACGGGUUCGGUUCUCUUCACCCUUGCCGGCGGCAGCAGCAGUUACCAAGUUCCCGGGUCUUGGUUCUUUGGUCACAGUUGGGAAUGGCAAUCAAUUCGCGCUGCUGAACUCUAGUCAAAACUGUCAAAGGUCCAUCCCGCUCACGCAGCGCGGGAUGAACCUCACGAUCAGAGUUGUUCUCUCACCUUGAAUGCAACGCUGAGCAAGAUCGAAAAGCAAGAUUCGGUGUUUGGCGGCGGGAGAAAGAUGGCUCUAGUCGGGGGGGAGAGAGGCCCUGCUGGGAUGGGAGCAAGGAACCCUUUCAGUGAGACGUCAUUGAUGCAACGCGACGUUGGAGAGAGAUGCUGAAAACGGUUGAGAAUUAUGGAUUGCUGACGAUUUCAGCUGACGGACGCGCAUCAAGAUCAGUUCAGCUUUUCAACUGCCGAGACAGGUUCGGUCAUGAUUGUCAAGAAUAGAAUACAACAAAAACUUGGUGAAGCAUUUGUGAGGUGAGGUGAGGUUGAAGGAUCUUCGAUACACGCAAUACAGUACAAACAAGCAAGCAAGCAAGCAAGUAAAGAAACAAACAAGAUUCUCAUCGAGGUUUGCGAUUGAGGUGCCUCACAGCAAAGAAUGACGCCAUGCAGG